GCGAGGCGCAUGCGCGCUGGAACCGCCGUGGGCCGUGGAGGGAGGCGUAGGGGCCUGUCCCGGGUGAAGGCGCCCUCCACAGCCCUUUGCCAGACAUGUCUGUCCUUAGAAAAACUUAAGUGGGGAAAUAGCAGCUGGAGAUUUCUCCUGUAAAAAGAUGCAGAUCCUACGGCACUCUGAGCACACAUUGAAAACAGCUCUACUCUCAAAGAACCCAGUGCUUGUGUCAGAGUAUGAGCAGUUAGCUGCUGGGGAGCAGCGUUUAAUGAAUGAAGCCUUCCAGCCAUCCAGUAAUCUGUUUGGACCCAUUACUGUGCAUUCACGGUCAGAUUGGAUCAGCUCCCAUCCUGAGGUGCCCCAAGACUUCGAAGAGUUUUUCAGUAAUCCCUGUAGAAAGGAACCCUCUCCAGAGAAACACAUUAUCUAUAUACAGCCCAUUGGCUCUCUAGGCAACACCAGAAUUAUCAGUGAAGAGUAUAUGAAAUGGCUCAAGGGCUACUGUGAAGCAUAUUUCUAUGGUUUGACAGUGAAGUUCUUAGAACCAGUUUCAGUCUCUGCAACAAAGUGUCCCUUUAGAGUGAAUGAGCACACAAAAAACCUACAAAUUCAUGCAGGGCGUAUCCUAGCAUUCUUGAAAAAGAAGAAACCCAGAGAUGCCUUCUGCAUUGUGGGGAUUACAAUGAUCGAUCUUUACCCACGGGACUCCUGGAAUUUCGUCUUUGGACAGGCCUCUCUGACAGAUGGUGUGGGGAUAUUCAGCUUUGCCAGGUAUGGCAAGGACUUCCACAAUUCGAAGUACGAAGGCCAAGUGAAGACUGCACAGCGAACAUCUUCCAAUGACUAUUCCAUUUUUGAUAACUAUUACAGUCCUGAGAUCACUAGUAUUUUGCUGUUGCGAUCCUGUAAGACUUUAACCCAUGAGAUUGGACACAUUUUUGGACUGCGACACUGCCAGUGGCUUGCGUGCUUGAUGCAAGGCUCCAAUCACUUGGAGGAGUCUGACCGGCGCCCUCUAAACCUUUGCCCUAUCUGCUUACGCAAGCUGCAGUAUGCUAUCGGCUUCAAUAUUGUAGAGAGAUACAAAGCACUGGUGAGGUGGAUUGAUGAGGACUCCAGCGAUGCAUCAAGAGCAGCUUUGAAAAAUAGUUCUGACCAUGUGAAUUUGGAGAAACCUGUGGAAGCCUUUAAGGAGUGGAGAGAAUGGAUAGCAAGAUGCAUUGAUGUUAUUGAAAAAUAAGGACUUGUAGACAGGAGUAACAGAAAUAAAGUCGGGCACACUAGGCA